AGUCGAAUGAGGCUUAAAAAAUCUAAUAAAAUGCAUUUAGACGCACAAGACGUUGAAGCUGUUAUAGCACAUGGUUCACAUGAACAGUUAACAGCUUGUUUGCGUGUACUACUAGAGAAUAGAGAUACCACUUUAAAUGAUAACAAAGACUUGAAUGAUCAAUUAUCGGAGUAUCAAUUAGAGCUAGAUAACAGGAUACAGGCUUUUCACGAAUGUCAGCUACAAUUGAACGAUGCUUUAAGUGAUCAAGCUGGGAUAGAAGAAGACGCUUUAUCAAGACAAGUUCAGAUAGAGCUAUUGUCUUCAAAGUUACAAUCAUCCGAACGUAAAGAAUCUGAUUUACAAAGGUCACUUCAAGUACAACUUGAUAAGUUUGACAAAGAUAAAAAAUCUUGGUUUGAGACUGAAUCAGCUUUACGCGCAAAAGUAACUACAUUAAGCGCGAAGAUCGCUGCUUUAAAUAGAAGUUCUAAUAGAGUAGAAGCUACCCCUCCAAAUUCACCUUCACCUUCUAGUCCAAACUCAGCACCAAUAAUUAAAUCUAUGAGUAUUGAGAGUACUUCAGAAAGGAACACAAGAGAAGCUGCACUUGAAAAGUCACAACAGGCUCUUGAAAUGGAAAAGCAAAGAAGAUCUACGAUUCAACGUAAUGAGCGUACACUUAAAGCUGAAUUAGAUAACCAUAAACGUUUGAUUGAAGAUUUAAGAUCAGAGAAUGAAAGUUAUAUGCUUUUGUUACAAGAGCGUACAUUUUCUGGUGAUCUUCUCGAUUCAAGUGUCUUCGAUUCGAUGCGUAACGUUGAUGACUCUGGUAUAGCAUCAAUAGCCGAAGAACCAGAGAAUGAUUCCACACAAUUAAGUGAAGAUGACCAAGACUUUACACCAAAGCGUAGAAGAGCGCGUAGACGCGGACCAGCGGACGCUCGUAAGAAGCCACAAGCUAGUGAAUCACCAAAACCUCUGAGCGAGGAAAAUGGUGGCAACGUUGGUGUUACUGGACCAGGAUACGACCUUGCUGCUGAAUUAGGUAGAGCUAAGCUUGAUAAUAGUGAUAGAGAGGAAACAUUUGAUUCUCUGAAAUCAGAUAACAAGACUCUCAAAGAAGCAAACAAAGCUCUUACAACGUAUGUUUCAAAAAUCAUUGAAAAGAUUAUAAAUCAGGAAGGCUUUGAACAUAUCUUAGCUAGUGAUUACAAAGACCCUGAGCAACGUGAAAGUAUGAGGUUAAAACGUUCACAAACUACAACGUCAUCAAGUGCUGGUAGGACGAGCUUAGGAGGAGUUUCAGAUGCUUUACUAAACUCUCGUAAGAAGCCAGCGGAUUAUAAUACAUCCACUGUUCGUUCAAGACCUCAACAAAAGCCUGGUGGUGAAAAGCGUAGAAGUUUAUCAAUAGAUUGGUCGAAUAUAGGUACAUUCUUUAAAGGAAAUAAUCAAAAUGAGAGUACAGCACAGAAGUUACCAAAACAAGAAGAAGAUGAUGAAGAUAGGAAGGAAAGGGAUAAGUUGAAAGCUGAAAUGAAAAAGAUUUCAUCUGAGUCCCUAAAUGCUGAUGGUCAAUUCACAAGAUUUGAUAGCGCAGAAUCAGCUGAUUUAAAGCGUAGAUCAGGUUCUGUUGGUUCAGGUGCAUUAGCUAAUUGGCGUAAAAAGAGAGCAGAAAGAGCAGAACUCGUAAGGAAUAGUUCAGGUAACGCAUUAGCUGAUGUUACGAAUGAUGAUCAAUAAAGAUCUAUCUAAGAUAAGAUAUUAUAUAUACCCAUGCAUUAAUAAAUAGUAAAUUUGAAUU